AUGCGAAUUAUUUUAAAAUGUUGGUUCCCAUUUUUCAGACUUUCAGCCAAACUCAAAUACUCACCCUGUGCUCUUUCUCUCUCUCUCCUCAAACACUUUGUGGCUCCGCCUGCACCUUCUGCUCGCUGUGCUCGAAAUCGUUGGUGGUGCUCACCAUCUCCUGCACAACGCUUUGCUCAACAACUUGCACAAACAUCUCAACAACCGACGACUCCUCCAACGACGACUCUCUUAUCUGUUUCUCCGGUGGAACUCCGUCGGAUGACGUCAUCACUUCUGUCGUCGUGCUUUCUUGAAUUACACGCUUACGACUGA